AUGGCACAGAUUAAGAUCAAGUCAACGAGCAGACAUGUGGUUAUUGGGGGUUGUCCGACACUUCGGUGGGGGGAGUGUUACACGGAGGGGGAGCCAAGUCAGGGCAAGCAUUGUUGCAGAAUAUUUCAGCUGAAUGAUCACACAAACUGUGGACGACCACAACGGCAAAGACAUCCAGUGAGCCCACAUCAGGCAGCUUCUCAGCCCCCUUCCCCUUCUCACUCCCCCUCCACUUCCCAGUCCCCCUCCCAUUCUCACUCCCCCUCCACUUCCCAAUCCCCCUCAGCUUCCCAGUCCCCCUCAGCUUCCCAGUCCCCCUCAGCUUCCCAGGCCCCCUCAGCUUCCCAGUCCCCCUCAGCUUCCCAGGCCCCCUCAGCUUCCCAGGCCCACUCCCCUUUCCACUCCCCUUCUCAGCCCACCUCUCCUUCUCUUUCUGUGACCCCUUCUCCUCCUUCCCAGUCCCCUUCUCCUUCUACUUCCAACUCCCCUUCUCAGCCCCCCUCACCCUCUAUUGGCCUAACAUUCUCUCCGCCCCCCUCGCCCUCUCAAUCAGACCCACCCUCAGAAAUUAGAUUCCCAAACCCUCCUCCUUACCCCAUCUCUCCUCCUUCCCCAAACCCUCCUCCUUCACCCAUCCAGCCUCCUUCCCCCAUCCCUCCUCCUUCACCAAUCCCUCCUCCUUCCCCCAUCCAGCUGCCUUCACCACCCACAGAAUGGGCAGAAGAAGCCCCUGAUGGGGUCAGUGGUGACCCUAAUGUUGCUGAGGAAAAUGUUGCAGUUGGAGAUCAAACAAGUUUUGGAGGCAUUAUUGCCAGAAUGCGACAACACCUGCAUGGUGUUUUAAGUUGUCUGGAUGAUUUAGAAAAAUUUACAUGA